AUUUCAUAGAUUUUGCGACAUCGCAAUGAAUUACGAAAUUAGGAAUGCCGGGAGGUGGACAAAUGGGGCUCUAUAAAUACUCAAAUUAUCAGGACAUGACAGCAUCAGUCGAUACAUUGUUCAGCCUUAAAUCACAUUUCGACAACCAGUCAUACCGACAAUGAAGUCUGUUGUAUUUUUCGCCUUGUUUGUCGGUGUCGCGAUCGCCGCUCCUCAGGCCCCUACCGAACCUAUUCCAAUUUUGCGCCAAGAUAGCCAGAUAAAUGGUGAUGGAUCUUAUCAGUAUUCCUUCGAAACCGGCAAUGGAAUCAGCGCUGAUCAAAAAGGUGAUUUGAAGAAGGUUGGCGAUGUCGAAGCUUUGGAAGUGCAAGGUCAAUUCCAGUAUCCUGGUGAAAAUGGAAACAUUCAGUUGACGUACACCGCUGAUGAGAACGGUUACCAGCCCCAGGGUGACCAUCUCCCCACAGCUCCCCCAGUACCUGAAGCUAUCCAGAGGGCUCUCGAAUACCUCGCCACUGCCCCCCCUCAAAAAGAAAGCUCAUAAAAUUUUAAUUAUUAUUAAAACUUAGUUUCCAACCAUUAUAAUAGAAAUGUAUUUAUACGUUUUACGAGAUAGAAGUGUACCACUUAGUAAUUUAAAUAUAUUUUUUUUAUUUUUGUAGUUGAAAUAAACCAA